GGUGUGUCGCUUUUUUUGCUCGAACUUGGCGGACACACUGCCGUGUGUCUAGAUAUGUAAGAAAAAAGUAUCUGAGAACCUAUUUAAGUCAAGGAAAUCACAAGCUGGCCUUUAUUUAAUACGGACUAAACAGACGUGACGCUCGCUCGUUAAUUUACGUUAAAACUAGUUAAUUUAAGAAUGCAUCGGAUAUUUUUGGGACUCUUUUUUAUCGCGCAAGUUCUAAGCCAAACGAGAAAUUUAGAAUGGCCUGAAGACGCCAUAUUGACUUUCGGCGGGCUAGCCAUGAAGUAUGUGCAAAGAGUCGAGGAAUUUGAAGUGUUAACACCAGAUGGCUACUACCUCAAACUGUUCCACAUACCAGGAGACAGGAGAAAACCCGUGCUGCUCAUACACGGUGCCUUAGAUUCCUCAGACAGCUUCAUAAUGAGAGGGAAUACAUCGCUCGCAGUCGCUCUAGCCAGGGACAACUACGAUGUUUGGGCCAUGAACUACAAAGGCAACAGAUAUGCCAGAACACAUGUCACGUUGGACGCCGACGCAGACAAAGAGUUCUGGAACUUCAGUCUCCACGAAAUAGGGACAAUUGACAUCCCAACCACCAUAGACUUCGUAUUGAACAGAACAGGGCAAAGAAAGUUAAGCGUCAUCGCAUUUUCAGAAGGGACAACCGCUUCUUACGUUAUGGGAGCGACUCGACCGGAGUACAACGAUAAAAUAAAGCUUCAUAUAUUUUUGGCACCAGUAUGUUUUCUACAAAACACUAAGCCUCUUAUGUCUUAUAUUAUACAGUUGGCGCCUAUUUUGAACAUUGCACUAGAGGCGAUCACUGGUAAUGAAAUCGGUGGUUACAAUUCAACGUCCAAAGCUUUGAUUAACCAAUUCUGUAUGAAAGAAGAUCGCUAUAAGGUAUGUUUAGACGCCUUGUUUUCAGUCACGGGCGCAAACGCCAAGGAGAUUGAAAUGGAGUUCUUUCCUGUGUUACUGGGACACUUUCCCGCUGGCAGUUCAAGGAAGAAUCUGUACCAUCUAGCGCAGAUAGGCGAGUCGAAGAAGUUUCAAAACUACGAUUACGGAUUGGCGCAAAAUAUGAGGAAGUAUAAGAGACCAACUCCGCCGGAGUACGACUUGAGUCAAGUGACAAUGAGUAUCGCGUUGAUAGUGGCGAAUAAUGAUAAAAUAUCGACCAUCAAAGACACUGAACUGUUGAGACAGCGGUUACCGAAUGUCGUGGACUACAUCAAGAUGCAAGAUAAUGCAUUCAACCACAUAGAUUACGUUUGGGGUAGGAGUACACACAAAAUGAUGUUCCCACAUAUAUUUCGGCUUUUGAAUAAGUAUAAUUACUGAAGAAAACAAAGACUAGAAAGUUAUUUAGAUAGUAAAACGGGUAAUAAUGAUGAUGUGGUGUGUGUUAAUUGUGUGUAUAGUGUAAUUAAAAUUAUUUAUAGGAUAAUUCUUGUGAAAGAGUGCAAGUAAGACAUAAAACACAGGUAUGUGUUUAAUGAUUUAUGUGAAUACCAAAAAUAUUACGAAAACAAAACACUUUAUUUUGCUGGAAAGGGCAGUCAAAAAAAUAAAAUUUGAAUUGUUUUCGAAGGUCAAUAUUACGCGAGAAAAGUACAAUUAGUGA